CGCUCAUCGUCCCUAUCUUUCCUAUUCGGACCUCGAUUUGCGUCACUUCAGCGCAACUGAGUCCGUCACUGUCUCCAUUUUGUGCACAGAACAGCUACGUAAAGGUUUAUCAAGCGAUAGCAAAGCAUUUGGGAAGUUCGAUGUCCCCUUUUUUUUUCACAUUCGCGGACGCAUGACCCUGCCGACGAAUUCUAGCAACAAGAGGGCUGGCUGAUCGAGCGGCCUGUCUUGCCUCUUAUAUCUCUGACAUGUUCGCUGUAUUGUAGCAGAGGAGUGCCGUGCCAUGGUAUUGCCAUUCAUCGCUACCAUUCCCUGAACGCCCUCACCCAAGAUGGCCAGCCUGACGGGCGCCGCGUCAACGCGACCGUCGUUGGGCGCCUUUGUCAUGACGGCCGAGGUCGUUCUGAGCAGCCUCUUUCCCUCCUCCUCGUCGCUUGCACUGCUCCCCCUUCUUCUCGCGGUCCGAGGACUCAAGCUUCUCCAUGGCAUCUACGAGCGCCGCAUCGAGCGCCUGAAGACGAGCGAUUGCGUUACGGCGCACCUUCGCCUGGCCUUCUUCUUUGUGUUCCUACUUGUCCUCGACGGCACCCUCGCGCUGCAUGUCCUCGACGCUCUCAGCACCCCUGGCAGGGCCGGAACAAACGGCGUCAUUGCCCUCGUGCUCGCCACCGACGUGAUGGCGCUCCCCGCUCACCUCUGGCGCGGCACGGCGGCCUACUUUAUCGGCUUGCACCUGUCCACCUUUGAUGAGUCGUGCUCGCCGCGCACGCGCCACAUGCGCUUGGCUGUCUUGCGCCUCACCAUCGACGUGAUCAAGCUGCUCAACCAGCUCGCGCUCCUCUCCUGCCUCGUUCCGGCUCCCAGCAGCAGCAGCAGCAGCAGCAGCUCGCGUCACGGACAGAGGCGUGACGAAUUCGUCCACUUGCCGCUGGUGGCCUGGCAGCUCGCAAAGACGUCCAUCAGCCUCUACGACGGGGCAAGGGCGAUGCACGCCGAGUCGACGCGGGUCAAGGCCGUCGUUGAACGGCUGCCAAAUGCCAGCUUCCUCUCCAGUGACGUAAAGGGAACCAUCGUCGAAGGGCAAGCCGCUCAAGACCACGCCUGCUGCCUCAUCUGCCGCGAAGACAUGGCAGACGGCAGCGGCGCCAAGCGGCUUCCCUGCCAUCAUGCAUUCCACGCACGCUGCAUCUCGACCUGGCUCGACGUCCGGCUCCAGUGCCCCACUUGUCGAAAGGCCGUCUGACCCACACUCACUUGGUGACUUAUACCCUCAUUAAUUCGAAAGACGCCGCUUGUACUAUAGGUAUGUUCUCGAAAGAAGAGCUACGGUUGCUCUGAUACAGUGUAUGAGUAAAAUAAGAAAAGAUACAGGGCUACUUCUACAAAGAUAUACACAAUAUAUGGAUGACUUGUCUGCCUUCACUGAAGGC